CCCGCCUGCUUUCUGAAGUGAAUCCGAGAGGCUGUGACACAGUGGUAGAGUUAGAGAGGAAAGAGAGGGAGGGCUAGAAGUGCACGUAAGCUGCCUACAAAUGACACACACUGCAAUCAUAAACUGUGCCGCGACGCUUUCGGUCUCUUGUUUCGCAUAAUUCCGACGAUGAAGUAUGAACACGACACCGGGUCACGCGGCUUCCGGUACACGUUCAGCACAUAACGCGUUUCUAUGGCACUUCUGAGCGACUUCUCCUCAGUCCGCAAAAAAGCUUCAUCACUGAAGAGUCCGUCAAAUCUGGAUGGACACUUACCCAAGUAUGCAUGAGAUAAAACCUUUAUCCAUUACUAUAGCGUAACCAGAAGUCAAAAGAGAGAGAGAGAUUUUCUUCGUACCGUCGACUAAAUCAACUGAAGCUCGGAGCGUGUGUGGACAAUGUAGCCUUUGAGCUGGAUGAAGCGGACUGUCUGGAUUAAUUUCCACGUUUAUAGUUAUGCUGGGAUGCCGUGUAGUCUUUAUAUUGGACGAAUGCGACCGUUGCACUGGAUUCACAUAACGUCGUCUCGCACGCGGGUUUGCGCUGGUCAUUCGGAGAUUCGUUUUUGAAGUCCAGAGGACCGAAAAGACACCCAACCGCAUGUUUUGGGCAUGUUGCCCUCGCCACAGGUGUGCGUGUCUACUUUGGUGACAGUGAGCACAAUGGCAGUGGUCGACCUCUACCUGCUGGAGCAAAGCAUGCUGGGACCUCGUGGCGGAGCCCAUCCUGCAGUAUGGCCAUGUGUCGCCGUCGCACUCGGUGAUCUGUGUUUCUUGCUGGCACUGCGCUUUGUUUCUGCCGGUGUCAUCUCGGAAGCUCGCUCUCCCCGUCGGGGCUUCGCCAAUGCUCUCUGGUUCCUCUUCCUAUCUCUGCUGCAGCUCAAGCUUUUCUUUGUAUGUCAAAAUUACAGACAAGAGCGGCGACCUCCAGAUCCUCUCGCCCGUAAGACACUGACUCUAUUACUUUCUGUCUGCCUGCCCUCGCUGUUCCUCAUCCUGACAGGAGCCGAUUACAUGACUCCCCUUCGGAGAAAACAAGAGGUCCGGAGCCGACUUCUAUGGGUGGUUGUGGACCUGCUCGAUGUGCUGGACCUGCAAGCCGGCCUGUGGGAGGUGCAGGGAACUGUUGGGGUCCCCCUUUGGGUGGAGGGGAUUGUUUUCUUCUAUUGUUACGUAUUGCUGCUGUUGCUGCCGUGCGUUUCGCUAACCGAGCUCGGUGCUACUGCCCUGCCCGGACUACAGGCAACUCGGAAAGAAGCCAUCUAUCCUUGGCUCAGUUUGGUCACCAUUAACUUGUUCACCCUUGUGCCCAGAGGAGUGGGAAUGUUAUGGUAUAGGGACCCACGGGUGUCUACAGUGUUCCUGGGUAAAAACCUGCUGGCUCUUGCUGUAAAGCUUAGCUCUGCCUGGGAGAGGCACAGAAAGGGCAGUGGAGGGGUUCAGGGAGCUGGGACCACCACAGGAACCGGAACCCAGAAUCGGAGGGAGGUCUCAGAACCAGCGGGGGAGCAGGAACAAGGGUGCACGUCUCCAACGGCAUCAUCUACGCGCUACCACACGCUUUCACGCACUCAUUCACACAGCCACACGCUGUCUCACGUCAGUCUGGACCCUACGGAGACCUCGUUGGGACCUGCUUAUAUUUCCCAUGAACUCUAGUAGUCAUUGUGAAACUGCCAGCAACUUAUAAGCUUGUGGUUUAAUCCCAGCAUUCUCUAAAAUGACCAGAGAUAACAUUUUAGCACACUUUGUAGUUUGUACAAGAUUUGUAAAGCCAGGUGAAGCCUUCCUCCAGACAAAAUGAUAAUUCGUUUGAGCCGUUUAAUGAAGUGCCUUCUUUGAAGAGCGACAAUUAAUAUCCUUGCUCUCAUUUCAUUUGGUGUUCAUCCAGGACUUGAAUUUAAACCAUGUACAGUGAAGCAUGACCACUGUUAAUAUUCAACUCUGUAAUAAAUGUUUAAUAGUCACCUGUUUUCAAACAUGUUACCUGAGCCAGACCUAUAACCGGUCGGUUUGAUAUGCGACACAGAGGCAGAUCUCAGGUAAAUUGUUGCAGACCUGUCCACACCUAACGUUAGCAUUUCACAAAUUCUGUGUGACAGUUUGAUUUAUAGAGUUGGGCUUUACGAACAAAUUAAUCCAUUCCUCCGUCAACCAAAUGGAAGUUUCAUGGUCGAGCAAACACAACGAAAGUAUCUGCCUAUCACUUUCAACUGUGAAACAAAUCAAAUCGGUAGCAAAGGGCUAACUUUAAAUGUAGCACAGCCUGAACCAAAUCCCCAGCAUCACUGUAGUAUGAGUAUAAAAAAGAUGCCUUUUAUAUGACAGUGACAACAAGUGAAUCCCAUGGAGGAUUAUGGUCAGCUGACACAAUCCCCUUGCACGCUCUGAUAAACAAUCACUGCUUUCAUUAAUUGAAAUGAGAUUCAUUUUUCAAAGAGCUAAGAGCUCAUACCGCAUUUCAUUUAUGAUUUACACAGUAUUUACAGAACGUAAAAGGGUACAAACUUGCAUGACAAACGCUAACAAUAAGUCCAAGCUAUAAAUUAAUUUAAUAACCAAGAGCGGUUCCACUGGAAGCCAGUUUAGCUUCAGAGAUAUUGCAGAGUUAGAUAUUAGACCAGAUUCAAUUCCUAUGCCUCUUCUUUUUUCAUUUCAAGAUCAUGUUACCUUCCCCUGUGAGCAACUACCAUCAAUGAAGAAAAAUUACGAAAAGAAUAAAUGAGCAGUGUUUAUUUCUUAUGUGAAUCAUCUACAGCUUCAGGAACAUACCUUCUUCAUAUUUCACCCCGAAAUUGAAUAAAAAUAAUCAAUUGCAUUUUGCAAAAUGAAAAGAAACUAUAAUGUAAAGGAUGUGUUGGUUGCUAUUGCAGAAUAAAUCCAGGACCCAGGCCAGGUGCGAAAGUUUAAAUAAAAAUUUAAAGUUCAAACAAGAUUUGCAUUUGGUUUAACCAUUUGUAAAUAAAUCUCAUAUAUGUUAUUCAUUAUGCAUAUGUAUAUUUCAUUUAUUUGAAUGUAUUAAAUUGCACCUGUCAAGAUGACUCGGAGUACCCGCACAAGGCUGUGUAAU